AUGAUCGUGGGUUGGCAGGAGAGAAAUUGGGCGCUGGUUGGAGCCGGGGUUGCCCUGAUGGUCGGGACGGUUUGCCGUCGGCAGUGCACAUCAGGUGGCCCACCCACCGGAGAGCGACCUUGCUUUCCUGGCGCAGGGUCGUGGGAGCUUUGGGCCUUGCAAGCGUGGGGUGAGCGGUAUUGCGGACUUCAUUCUGAAGUGCAGCAGUUGAGCACCGUAACUUUCGCAGUCGUGCUCCUUCUUCAGGGCAUCCUUCUGGCCACCCUGGGUCAAUGGGCAGGCAUGCUGGUCUGCAUCGGAAUGGUGCUCGUGACCUUCCUGCGGCAUCGGAUGGCCUACCGCGAGCGGCCUUGGGGUUGGCUGAUAGGAGUGUUGCUGGGGUUUGCACACGGCGUCGUGGCAACAAUACUGAAUGCCGGGUUGGGCCGGCGAUGGGGAGUCAUGACGUUUAUGUUCGCUCUCGCUCACCAGCUGGGCUUGAGCCGACACAAUCCACGAGGCUUCAACUUGGCUCGCUUCACGGCUGUACUCCUAAACGGCGUGCUGGUGAUCGUCGUUGGUGUCGUCGUUCUGUCAAUCGCGACUCAAAACGCUGACAGCAACUGGUCUGCGUUUUGCACGGAAGGUGAUGCCACCUGCAAGUACUACGAGGUGCCACUCUAUGCUUCCAACAUGUCGCUGCCGCUGGAAUGCGACCGACACUUCGGAUAUGGUAAAGACGGGAAACAUUUGCUGAGUGUCAGCGACUUCGCCUUGUUCUCGGCCUUGGCCUACGAGUCUGAGGCCUCACUUCCGCAUUUGAACACUUCAGCGGACCUGCAAGUUUGUGUCUACAGUGCGAGGCUAUUUUCCUGGGUGGUCCACGAUAACCUCGUCUCAAUGCAACAGCUCUGGAGGGAGAAACCUCUGACUGGACCGGGUGCAGUCCAGGGUGGCACGGUCAUGGAUGCCAGUCCCUGUGUCCACCCUGACAGUGCAUGCGAUGCAUUCGAUGCGCGAGAGCUCAGCGACAUCCAGGGCCGCCACGGCAGCGACUGCCACGGCCACCGCCUCCCCGCGAACUCCUGUGCCUCUGAGUGGAUUCAGGGCGUGAUUCGAAGUGGGUUGGCACUGUCUUCUUCAAAGGAGUCCCGCAGCCAAUCCCUUACAGCUGCACUCAAAUGCAAGAGGCGAGGUUGGAGCAGCGGUUGGACGACAGACGUCCUGGCACAUUGUGGGACAGAGCGAGCGGAAAGCAUUGUGGACUUCUUGCGAGUGGCGCAUGUGCAGAGGAUCCCGAUCCAUGCGUUCCACUGUAUCAGCGCAAUGAGCUUGUGCUCCCAAGCCAGCUUCUGGCGCGACGCGCUCGAGAUCUUCUGUCUCUUCUCGAAAGUUUCUAACCUUCAUCCUUUGGCCGCGAACUCCCAGCUUGCCGCCCUUGCAGAGGGUAGUCUCUGGCAGCAAGCUUUGCUCACUCUGCAGGAGAUGCAGGAUGCACGCCUUCGGGCCACUACGGUCACUUUCAGUUCGGCUAUCAACGCCUGUGCAAAAGCGGCAGCUUGGCAAAGAGCCCUGCAUCUCGGCAUGGACAUGGCGAGACGGAACGUGUCGAGGAAUGCCAUUGCCUACAAUGCCAUGAUGACCAGCUGUGCAAUGAGUACACAGUGGGCAGAGGCAUUGUCUCUAUUUGCGGAGAUGAUUUCUGCCGGCAUUGCGAGGACAAGCAUCUCAUACAAUGCAGCUAUUACGGCAUGUGAAAGAGCGGCUGAUUGGAAGGCUGCGCUUUACCUGUUCGGCCUUUGCCUGCGAAGUGGUGCAGCAGAUGUGAUCAGUUGCAGCGCAGCGAUUAGUGCCUGCGAGAAGGCCGCUCAAUGGCGCCAGGCAAUUGGCCUGCUUGAGAUCUGGCGGCUGCAGCGCCAGCGAGCAUCGCAUGCUGCCAACCUUCCUGACAACUUCAAGCUGACCACCUACUUCGAGUUUUGGGAUCCUGAGAACUCGACGAUUGUUUUCGCCAUUCGGGGAACCAACUCCAUGCUCGAUGUUCUGGAUGACUUGAACAUUUGGGGUCCUGCUGCGAUCAUGCAAGCCUUCAGCUUGGCCGGUCCUUCUCUCUCCACGGCUGUGGCCGAGUCCGUGGCGCUGCUGUCCACGGUGAUAUAUGGCGAAAGCAUGCAGAAGCAGUACUUCUCCGACUUGCUGGCACACGUUCGGAGUCGCAAGACUCAGCUGCCAGACAGGAGGUUCUACAUCACAGGCCACUCCUUGGGUGGAGGUUUAGCCAAGCUCGUGGCGGCCAAGACCCACAUGCAGGCCGUGACCUUCAUGGCUCCAGGUCUUGGCACCACAAGCUACGUAGUGUACAGGGAGCACAUGCUAGAGGAGCUUCGACAUAUCUCGCUGACAAUCAUGCCCGAGAACGACGUGGUGUCAAGGGUGGACACACAGACCGGCAUCACCGUCAAGACUGACUGCGAUGGAAACCCACUGCAUUGUCACCAGCUAUAUCCCACAAUCUGCACUCUGCUGCAAACGUGUGGGUCUGGCAGAGCUGGGGAGGCUGCUUUGGCGCUUCCCUGCGGUGCGUGUGACAACAUGCCAUGUCCAUCGGCACACCUUCGACCCCGCGAGGCCAGACACUCUCCAUCGCAAAUUGCCAGCGCAAUUGCCAUGCUUGAGUCGGCAAGCGUUCCGGGCUCGAGCUAA